CAUGUGAUGCUGAACAGUGGCAAUAGUGUAGUAGUAAGACAGGUGCCUUCAGCUCAGUCUCUGCAAGGGGCGAGCACACACACACACACCCACCCCUACUCCUCCACACGUGUGGCUGCUGUGCGUGAGCGUGGAUUUAUUGCGGCUUUUUUGCCUUUAAGUCAGAAGCUGAAUGGCGUGGGACAGGUGCAACCAAGGCUUUGAGUGGAGUGAAUCAGAGUGUGCUGCUUUAGUUGGUGAAGACCAGCCCCUGUGUUCAGAUCUCCCAGAACUUGACCUUUCUGAGCUCGAUGUAAAUGACUUGGACACAGAAAACUUUCUGGGUGGACUCAAGUGGUACAGCGACCAAUCCGAAAUAAUUUCCAACCAGUACGGCAAUGAGUCAGCUGCUGCUCUCUUUGAGAAGAUAGAUGAAGAAAAUGAAGCUAAUUUGCUAGCUGCACUCACGGAGACUCUGGACAGUAUCCCAGUGGAUGAGGAUGGAUUGCCUUCAUUUGAUGCACUGACAGAUGGGGAUGUGACCAAUGUCAAUGAUCCCAGCCCUCCCUCAAUGCCUGACGGCACCCCUCCAACCCCAGAGGCUGAAGAGCCAUCUCUACUGAAGAAGCUCUUGUUGGCUCCAGCUAAUUCGCAGCUUAUCUACAACGAAUGCCACGGAGGCAGCAUGCGGACCCACGUGACCAAUAAUAACAAGAUUAGACCAAACACUGCUGUUGUCAAGACUGAGGCUACAUCGAGUAAUAAGCCGAGGAACAUUUGCCAACAACUGAAGUCCCAGGCACAGCGCCGUCCAUGCACAGAAUUGCUCAAGUACUUGACUGCAAGUGAUGACCCUCCUCAGUCUAAAUCAAAUGACCACAAAACUAGUAGUAAAGACAAAGGCAUCGCCAAAAAGAAGGUGCAAAUGCAAUCUCAACAGUCACAUCCUCUGCAAGCUAGACCAACUACUUUGUCCCUGCCCCUGACACCUGAAUCAACAAAUGAUCCCAAGGGCUCCCCUUUUGAGAACAAGACCAUUGAACGUACGCUGAGUGUACAACUCUCUGGUACUCCAGGUCUAACUCCACCAACCACUCCUCCACACAAAGCCAAUCAAGAUAAUCCCUUUAAGACUGCAGUCAAACAUAAGGCUACUUGCAGCUCUUCGGUACGCAGCCCACCACCAAAGAAAUCACGCUUAAGUGAUUCUGCCUCUAAUCCUCCGCCAAGCAGUCCUGCAAAGAAGGAUCCCGAACAAACUGAACUCUAUGCCCAGCUUAGUAAGACUUCAGUUUUACCCAGUGCACUUAGCCUUGGCCGAAAUGAGGAAAGGAAAAUGUCUCGGUCAAGCACACGGCUCUUUGGUGACCAUGACUACUGUCAGUUUAUAAUUGCAAAGGCAGAAUCUCUAAAUAUCAGAGAUCCCUUCAGAUCCCAAGAUCCCAAAGACAUUAAACUCCAAGGCUGCAAAGACCCCUUGUCUAGGCAGCAAACACAAAGCAUUCUCUCCGUCAGUCAAGUGUGCAGCAAAGAAAGUCAGCAACAUAAUAUGCAGCCCGCUUCCUUCUCUAAUAGCAAGACACAGCUAAAAGACCAAGAAAUCCGGGCUGAACUAAACAAGCACUUUGGCCAUCCUAGCCAAGCUUUCUUUGAUGAAGUAGAAGAUAAGGCAAGCCAUCAACGAGAAAAAGACUUUUGCUUUGAAUAUUAUUCCAAGCUGCCUGCAUAUCUCAAUGCAGGGAUGUCUAUGGACGGUGUGUUUGAUGAAAGUGAUGAUGAAACGGACAAAUUUCUCUAUCCAUGGGAUGGAACACCAGAUGGGUUCUUGUUAGAAAGAUCUUGUUCUCAUUCUUUGUCCAGCUCCCCAGGCAGUGAUUCUGUCUCCUCAGUAAAGGCUUUUGCCUCUUUUCAAAGAACACGCAGGACAAGGUCUAGAUCUAGGUCUUACCCAAGAUCUCGAGCUUCUUCUCGCUCCUCCUGCUCUCGUUCUCGAUCAAGGUCUCCGUACUGCAGAUCCUCCUCCAGAUCACAUCAAUGCUAUGAUUCAGGGCGCAAUAGGGUACAGCACAGGUCCCGUGGAAGCCCUUGCUCAUAUUCAAGGUCAUGCUCCAGGUCACCCUGUGCCCGCUAUAGUAGACCCAGGUAUGACAGCUAUGAAGAAUAUGAAAAUGAAAGACUGAAGAGGGAGGAAUAUCGACGGGACUAUGAGAAACGUGAAUUUGAAAGGGCAAAGCAAAGGGAGCGACAAAGGCAAAAGGCCAUUGAGGAACGACGCGUUAUCUAUGUGGGUAAAAUAAGGGGUGACAUCACACGCACAGAGUUGAAGAGACGAUUUGAGGUGUUUGGUGAAAUUGAGGAGUGCACUGUCCACUUGCGGGAGGAUGGUGACAACUAUGGUUUCAUCACAUAUCGUUACACCUGUGAUGCUUUUGCUGCCCUGGAAAAUGGACAUACUUUGCGAAGAUCUAAUGAGCCUCCAUUUGAAUUGUGCUUUGGUGGUCGUAGGCAGUUCUACAAGUCUAACUAUGCAGAUCUAGAUUCCAAUUCUGAUGACUUUGACCCUGCUUCUACUAAAAGCAAGUAUGAUUCGAUGGAUUUUGACACCUUGCUGAAAGAAGCACAAAGAAGCUUGCGAAGGUAACAGACGCCAAAUUUGCCACUCGUGAAGGAAGCUGCAGGACUUUGCAGGCAUCCUGCCAUUUACCAUUAAAGGACUUGCAUUAGUCAUCUCGGGAUCUAAUCCCUCUUUACACUCUGUACAAAUAAAGUUUACAUGAACACAGCUGCUCCAGUGUGUGAGGAAUCUGGAAGGAUAUCUAAUAAGAAACCUAAGGCACUUGAGGGUAUCCAAAAUGCAAGAACACAACCAAUAGGCUAGAAGAAGUUUUACACAUGAUAUACACAAUAAUCUGAUGGAAGGUGCAGCUUGUUCAGCAUUUUUUUCUCACAUUUGGAUGUGGUGUUACAUUACUGACAAAAGUUGGGGAUAAAUAUCUGGGGUGUUUCAGAUCUUUUAUUUACUAAAUGCUGAACUGUAGGUACAAACUUUACUAAUGUUAAAUUGAGUAUUUUUAUUUUGUGUAAAUAAAACAAUGUUCUUUUUUGUUUGUUACAGCUAUGCACUGUAAAUGCAGCCUUCUUUUCAGUAAUUAAGAAUGUAAUCACAAAUUAAACACUUAUUGGACAUUAAUAUAUUUAGAGAGUUCGGAAGGCACUAAACUGAGUAGAUGUGUAAAGCAGUUUGUAUGUGUUUCGAGCACCUGGACUGCUGCUCCUUUUCUGUACUGUAGCCUUUUACAAUGAGCUUGCAGUUGAAUGAUUUAGAGAGUGAGUCAUGACAGCAACCCCAUGGCUAUUUUUAAUCAUUGAAGGUGCUUUCAUUUUGUCCAUUACGUUAACCUAGAUCGAAGUUGAUAAAUCCGGAGAAUUUUUUUUAAUAAAAAAAGUUGCAUUUGAUUUGCUCUUGAUAUUCGGAAAAAAAAUAUUUCUGAUGUGUUAAUAAAUUGCAGAUCAUUCAUCACUUUCUUAUUAACUUAUUACAGUACCUAUUAUUUCUCUCCUCCACCCUCCCCCUCUGAAACUAUGACUAUUUUAAGGGAAGAUUAAAGCCAAACUGAAGGAUGGUUAUUUAAAGUUAGCAAUUACUAAGCCUGUCUUUGUUUAACUUUACUGAUCUGCUGAGAAAUGAGGAAACAAGGGUGGGAAAAUCUUUAGCUGCUUCCCUCCCCCUCCUAUCCCGUUUACACUAUGAAUCUAAAUGCAUUGUGCUUCCGCCUGAGGAAAGUGCUUUUUUUUUAGUUCAUUUCUCCAUCAAUGCUAAAAAUUUGUAUUAAGAGAUCCUAAUGGCUGUCAUUAGGAAAUUAUUUUCAUACGUUUGCUAAACUAAGUUGUCAACCUUAUAAGUAUACAGAUAGCAAUAUAAAAGGUUUUGACCCAGUCAUUCAUUAAUGUAGUACCACUGGUCUUUAUCUCUGCUCGCAAUAUUACUUAAUAGGUAAAAUUUCAGGUCUUUUAACUCAUUUUAUCAUAUGAUGCCAAACUGAGGUUUACAUUUUCUUCCCUGGAUUUUGAAUAUUCUCUUCUUUAUUGUAAUAGCAAGAUUGUAAAAAAAAUACAAAAAUAGCAAUAAAUGUUUAUUUUUAAAAUUCUAAUUUUAGCAUAUCAUUGUUGUGAGGUGGAGGACCAGGCACAUUACCCAGCCUCAUUAGGUGCUUAUUGUGUGUUUUAGGAAAUGUUAAUCUAACCUAUUGCUACUGAAGUAUUUCAUAGUUUUUGUGUGUAACAUUGGCUAACUAGAACAAAAUCAGUGAAACUGUGCAUUCAUAGCAACUGUUAGUUAUCAGCAAUUCUUUACAACUUGGGUAAUGAUGUUUUGUCCUGUCUAGCGACCGUGAUGAAGAUUUUAAUGAUUGUAAAAUAAAAUUUGCUCUGUAAAAUACUUAGAAUAGCAAUGUAUUAUAUCACUUGAUUAUUCAUUUUAACUGGUGUGACAGAUCCUUUAAUUAAGUAAAAUAAAAACCUAUGAGGAUACUGUGCUGUUUGUGGGUGACAAUGUAUCAAUGACUUUAGUUGAUGGAACCAUGCUGACCAGGAAAUCGGAGUAGAGAUGUCGUCUGUCUGAGCUUCCUUUUGGCUGACACUUCUACCUGUAUUGUGUGGUUGAACCAUUGUAUAAAAUUACUGUGAAUUUUUUUUUAAUGUGCAGUUCUCAUCAACCUCACCUAACUAAUAAAGGGAAACAAGGUUUCAAA